AUAGAUAGAGAGAGAAAAUACGUAUAUAUGGCCCAAUGAAGUAUAUAUACCACAUGUGUACUUAUAUUUAUUUAUGUUUAUGUUUGUAUUUAGUCGCCUUGAAGCCCAGCCAACCCAGGGCACAGGGAACGAUGUCCAGUCCCAGGUGCCGAGGCCGGGCUUACAGGAAACUCCAGCUGGAAAGCAUGAGGAAAAAAAAUAUUUACUCAAUUAAAUUAUGCUCUGUUAAGUCAUCAGAUUUUUGUUUAAGUCACUCUUUAUCCCCUUGGGAAUAAAGAGCUGAUUAUAAAAAGAGGGAGGGAGGGAGGACAAACCCUUCAGAUUAAAAUAAAGCUUAAGAUAUUUGAAUGCCCAGCUGCUCUGGGGCACGUCAGACCCUCCUGCUCUAUAAAGAGGCUCCGCUUUUGGGGAGGGUCACCUGCCCCAGGUGCUGCUGCUCCAUGGACAGCUCCCGGGAGCCCCCAAACAACGGCACCCCGGGGCCUUUCGAUGGCCCCCAGUGGCCCCACCAGGCCCCCCGGGCCAUGUACCUGGCGGUGGCCGUGCUCAUGGGCCUCGUGGUGGCCUCGGCCUCGGUGCUCAACGGCCUGGUCAUCGUGGUGUCCAUCAGGCACAAGAAGCUCCGCUCGCCCCUGAACUACAUCCUGGUGAACCUGGCCGUGGCCAACCUGCUGGUGACGCUCUGUGGCAGCUCCGUCAGCCUCUCCAACAACAUCAGCGGCUUCUUCGUGUUCGGGAAACGGCUCUGCGAGCUGGAGGGCUUCAUGGUGUCCCUGACAGGCAUCGUGGGGCUGUGGUCCCUGGCCAUCCUGGCUUUGGAGAGGUACCUGGUGAUCUGCAGACCCCUGGGAGACUUUCGGUUCCAGCACCAGCACGCUGCCAGUGGCUGUGCCUUCACCUGGGGCUGGUCCCUGCUCUGGACAACCCCACCACUCCUGGGCUGGAGCAGCUACGUGCCUGAAGGCCUGAGAACCUCCUGCGGGCCCAACUGGUACACGGGUGGCAGCAACAACAGCAGCUACAUCCUGGCCUUGUUUGUCACCUGCUUUGUGAUGCCCCUCAGCCUGAUCCUCUUCUCCUACACCAACCUGCUGCUGGCCCUGCGGGCGGCCGCGGCGCAGCAGCAGGAGUCGGACACGACGCAGCGGGCGGAGAAGGAGGUGACACGCAUGGUGGUGGCCAUGGUGGUGGCCUUCCUCACCUGCUGGCUGCCCUACGCCACCUUUGCACUGGUGGUGGCCACCAGCAAGGACAUCGUCAUCCAGCCAGCCCUGGCAUCCCUGCCCUCCUACUUCUCCAAGACGGCCACGGUUUACAACCCCAUCAUCUACGUCUUCAUGAACAAACAGUUCCAGAGCUGCCUGCUGGGAAUGCUGUGCUGUGGUUACCACCCCUGGGGGCUGGGGAAAACCUCUCCAGCUGCCCCCAGUCCCCAGGUCGCUGCAGAGGGGCUGAGAAACAAGGUGACACCAUUGCAUCCUGUGUGACGGCUGCCACAUCCUGCCUGCACCAGUGCCAGCUCCAGGAUCUGCCUGUUCCACCCACAGCAGCACAGAAGGGAUCAGGGUGCAGCUGAUGGGGGGCUCUCAGAGGUUGGAGAGGUCCCCAGCAAAAAAAAAGACAUGACAGUGUCUUCUUGCUGGAGAGAAGCCAUUCCAUCAUGGGAGAAACUGCAGAUUUUCACUAUUUCACUCUCCUAAGGAACCCACUCCCUCCCAGCCCCUCUCCUUGGAGCCUUUCAAGAACACAAAAUAAAAAUUUUUUCCACAGUGCACAACAUCCCAGGUUGCUGUCUGGCCCAGAGUUGGGUGGAACGUGGUCUGUCACCAUCCCCAGAGAGAGCAAGCCCUGCCUGCAUUGCCUGGUCCUGUUGUGAAGUUCAGGGUGAUGCUGUAAGUCUGGCAUAAAUCCAGCAGGAAUGUUUAAGAGCCAACUGUGUUAAUAAACACCAAUAAAUACUAAGCAGUUCAGCUGUUUGACUGGUUGACAGAGGGCUGGACAGAAAACACAUCCCCUCCUGCUACCAGAGCUGGCACAUCCCUCAUGUCAAGCACCACAAACAUGGCUACAGAAAACCAGAAAAAACCCAGUGCAAAGACACAAAGUUAAUGGGUUUUUUAUAGUUAAGGCAAUAGGAAAAGGUCUUAGUCCACUGAUUUCCCAGCAAGGCUGAAAACACAAGUGGUAACAGCCCCCAAGGCACCACUGCCCAUUAACAGCAAACAAAAAAUGCCAAAGCCUGAAAGGAUAAAAUAAAAGAUAAAAAAACCUCCAGGAGGCUCUGCAGCUUCACACCUCAUCUUGAAUCUCAAAUCACAGUGUUUAUCUACCCCAGCUGCAAUCACAUUUCUGGUUUUGGAGGCAGAUUCUGUCAUUUAGGAACCCAGGAAAGGCUUCUAAAGGCGGUACUGAAGACAGCAAGUCGCUGAAACCAGGUUUCACCCAAUUCCUGUGUCUCUAAAAAAGCCUGCCUGCCUUCAGAGUUGUCUUACAGGUUUUUGAGCCUGAACCCCUGAAUUGCUUUCAAAAUGAGGUGAUCCACAGCCAGGCACCCCAGCAAUUUGCACUGGGCUGGAGAAUGAUGAGAUCUGGGAGACUGAGGGGUUUGUUUUUUCUCCAUCUGAGAUU